AUGACCAUCAUAUUGUUUUUGAUCGACACAAGUGCCUCGAUGGCACAAAAGAAUUAUAAAGGUUCCUCUUGCCUAGAUCUCUGUAAAGCAUUUGUUUCUGAAUUCAUCAAGGCUCGAGGGCGAGAUGUUUCCAAUAGAGGCUUUGACCGUUAUAUGCUUCUCUCAACGGAAGAGUAUCCGAGCUGUGUGAAAGAACUUAGGACUGCUUGGAGAGAGAAUGCUCUGAUGGAGCCGAUGAAAUCACUGAAACCAACUGGGCGACACUCUUUUUGUAGUUCAAUCCAAACUAUUUUUCGGUUGUUAAAUUUAAAUAGAUCUACUACUGGAAUUGACAAUUACGGUUAUGGAAGAUUUCCGUACUAUAUGGAGCCAGUUUUUAUAUUUUCUCUAACAGAUGGCACUGCGGUAGACGAGAUGAUCCCUGAUUUUAAGUUGGAUUUCAAGAGUAAACAAGAUCUGACCAAGGACGUUUUCCGUUGGGAUCAGAAGUUCUUUAGUGUUGUGUUCCGUGUACCUGCCUCUCAUCCCCGGUUUAGUCCAUUAGGUCGUAUAGAUCCGGAUACGGAAACGAUUGACCGAUGUUGCGCAUCUACAGGAGGAAGAUCGUUCUCGAUUGUAUGUCACAAGCAAAUAAGUCAAUGUAUAGAUGUAAUUAUUCAAACUAUGCAACAACCCGGAAUCUCUGUUCGAUUUCAAUGUCCUGUUUUGAAUAGUCCUCAAUAUAGAACAAACGAAGGUUCAUCAUCUAAUGAUGUUCUUCCCGAAGUGAGAUUGAAAAAAAAGCUUGAAGCACGACCAUUGACUACAGUUAUAGUGCGAAUGGUCGGAGGAAAACCAAUUACUAAUCAUUGGCCUAUUCCUGAAGGAUUCUGGCAUACCAGACUUGAGAAUGGUUCCAUUCCAGUUCGAUCUGCUCAACCAACUAUCAUUUUCAUGCUUGAUUCUACUCCAUCACAAAUACUAUCAGACUUUCCUUUUGACAAAUAUGAAAUUGAGUCAUCUCCUGUAGUUGAUUAUAUUCUCGAAAAAUUCAAAGAUGGUAAAACGGAUCAAUGUUUACAGGUUUUUGUACAUAAUUCGGGUCGUACUGAAGGGUAUGGUAAGCCAUUCGGGUAUCUCAAAGUUACUUCUUCUGGAACGGGUGUAAAUCUAUUUUUGAUGCCAUAUAAUUAUCCUGUACUUAUACAGUUAUUACAAGAACUCAAGAAUGACCAAUCGCUCAGAAGUGUUCCGCAAUGGAGAAAACGAUUGGAUAGUUAUUUAGAAAAUGUUCCACCAUACUAUUUGCUGGCAUUAAGGAAAAACUUGAUCAAAUGGAAAAUCAAUGGCGGACUACUCGAUGAGCAGAACUCGUUGUCUCAAAUUUACCCUAUGAAUAUCAUCAACAUGUUGAAUCGAUUGAAACCUCAUGCCAAGGACGAAUAUGACAAACUUUGUGCUUCAUUAGCUGCUAAUAAUCAAAUUGCUCCAAACAAUCAAGCAUUCCUCAUUGAGAGAAGACCAAAGGUUCAACCUCAACAACAUUGGAAAACGGCAAAUCCUAAGAAAAGUAGGAAGGACAGAGAUGAGAAAAGAGAAGUAGAUGAUUGGUUCAAAGAUCCAGCGGAUAUGAAAGUUACAGCGGCCCCUGAGAAAACUAAUAUUCAAUUCCAUAUGAGCGAGUCGAAAACUAAAUCAGCUAUGGUAUCCACUUAUCGAAACCCGCUAAUUUUGAACAAAACGGACCUUGUUGAUCACUUACCCAGAAUGUGCGCAAACAUACGUCUUCUUUUACGAGACAGCCCGAUUCCUGUUCUAGAAGGAGGAAGACCCGGUUUCAAUAUCAAGCUCCAUCACGCAGACGAACUACAUUCUCAGCCUAUUGCCUUAAUGGGUAACUAUGAAGAGUACAUAAAGUCCCUCACGGCCAUCGGAAGAGCUCCCUUAAGGGAAAUUGAAGAAAAACCAGUUCGAACUCAUGCGUUCGGUAACCCCUUCAAAACAAAAAGUUUAGCUAUUGAUGAGGUCGGUGAGGGUCCUGCUAUGGGGCAAAGAUCUGAGUCGAAAGAAAUGAAAAGGGACCGGAAGGCCGGAGGAUUUUCUGGACGUCCACCCAAGAGGAAACCUGGAGCUCUGGCUCAGAAUAGUCUCGGACAAUGGAGAGAUCGUCGUAAAACUCUUUCAGAACGAUCUUCUAUCAUGUCAGAUAGUUCUUAUAUGAAAGAUAUAGAUGAGGAAGUUAAAAUGGUAGAAUCGUCGUCAAACGAGAAGAUUAAAGAGAAUGUUAAUGGUAUUUCCCUCUCAAACGGAGAUAUAGAAUCGUCUGGACAAGCGAGUUUGAAAGAUUGGGGAUUAGAAGAAGAAUAUGAUGAAAGCAUGGAUUCGCAAGAAGGACCGUCCGUAGUGAAGAAACCUCGUUUUAAUAAAGAUUUACCUCAAAACGAGCUGAGGAACAAAAAGAUAGCAAUAUCUUCCCUUAUCCGUAGGAUCAGUAAAGAUCAGAGUAUUUUCGAAGAGAUUCGUAAGACUAUCUAUGGAGGUUCAUCAGCAGACUCUCUAGAGUUAUACGAGUUUUCGAUACGCGACUCACAAAGAUUUAAAAGAAAGCGACUCACAGAAAAGCUUAAUAUUGAAAUUAGAAAUUUAAAAAGUAGUAUAAAUGGAGUAACAUAA